CUCAACACCAUCAUCCUCUUCUUUUCCAUUCCCCAUCAAUCCAGCUCUCCCCUCAACCCAUAAUCAUGGCAUCCCGAACCCUCUCCAAAGCUCUCCGUUCGCCAUUGGCAAGACAGCUCAAUGCCCCAGCUCGUCGAACCUUUGUAUCUGCUAUCAAAGCCUCCUCCAGACCAACCGCCGUCCGGGCAGCAGCACCAGCUGUUUCCAGCCAACAAGUUCGAGGUGUAAAGACCAUUGAUUUUGCCGGUGUCAAGGAGGAUGUCUACGGUUUGUGCCCUCGUUCAAAACUACGCAAUUGCUGUGCUGAUUCCCAUUAUAGAGAGAGCCGACUGGCCACCAGCCAAGCUCCAGGUACUUACUCAUAUCUACACCGUAGGAUAUUUCGUCGGAAUCUGAUAUCGUGUGAUAGGAAUACUUCAAAAACGACACAAUGGCCAUCAUUGGAUACGGAUCUCAAGGUCAUGCUCAAUCUUUGAACAUGCGUGAUCAGGGUCUCAACGUUGUCGUUGGUGUACGAAAGAACGGUCAAUCAUGGAAGGAUGCUCAAGAGGAUGGAUGGGUCCCAGGAAAGACUCUCUUCGAGGUUGACGAGGCCAUUUCCCGAGGAACCAUCAUCAUGAACUUGCUCAGUGAUGCUGCUCAAAGUGAGACCUGGCCAGCCCUCAAGCCCCAAAUCACCAAGGGAAAGGUACGCUUUGGCCGUUUCAAUUGACGACAGUAUUACCAGCUAACAUUAUCUGGUAGACCCUCUACUUCUCCCACGGUUUCUCUCCAGUCUUCAAAGACCAGACAAAGGUUGACGUUCCUACCGAUGUCGAUGUUAUCCUCGUUGCACCAAAGGGAUCUGGUCGAACUGUCCGAACUCUCUUCCGUGAGGGCCGUGGUAUCAACUCUUCCAUCGCCGUCUUCCAAGAUGUCACUGGUAAGGCAAAGGAGAGAGCCAUUGCUCUUGGUGUCGGUGUCGGAAGUGGAUACUUGUACGAGACAACAUUCGAGAAGGAGGUCUACUCCGACUUGUACGGUGAGCGUGGUUGCUUGAUGGGAGGUAUCCACGGUAUGUUCCUUGCACAAUACGAGGUUCUCCGUGAGCAAGGUCACAGUCCAAGUGAGGCCUUCAACGAGACCGUCGAGGAGGCCACACAAAGUUUGUACCCAUUGAUUGGUGCAAACGGUAUGGACUGGAUGUACGAGGCAUGCUCGACCACUGCCCGUCGUGGUGCCAUUGACUGGAGCGGAAAAUUCAAGGAUGCCUUGAAGCCAGUUUUCAAUGACUUAUAUGACUCUGUUAAGACUGGAAAGGAGACCGAGAGAUCCCUCACCUUCAACUCGCAGCCUGAUUACCGUCAAAAGUAUGAGGCUGAGAUGAAGGAGAUCCGUGACUUGGAGAUCUGGAGAGCAGGAAAGGCUGUUCGGUAUGUUUUCUUUCUUUUAAAAUACGAUAACGUCUUACUAAUUCUUCACAGCUCCCUCCGACCAGAAAACCAAAAGUAAUGAAUUUGUAUGUGGGUGGGACCGGGU